AUGAAUGCUUUCCCUCUGGAUGGCGCGGGGCAGUUUUCUUCCUUCGCACCAGGCCAGCCCACUUCAGCCCCAAAGAAGGGUAGGACACGACAGUCCGGUACGGCAUGGACUCGCUCAGGAUGUAUAACUUGCAAGAAGCGACGCAAGGCCUGUGAUAAGGCCAAGCCAAGUUGCAACAACUGUUUUAAGCAAGGCCGGGCAUGCGAGGGCUAUGGCUCUAUGUGGGUAGAGCCACUUGGUCCAUCAGCGCCGAUAUUUGUACAAACCGAAUCAUCUAAACGUCGGAGACUUAGUGGGACGUCCCCGUCUCAGUUGCCUUCGCCUGCGCCGUCACCAUCCUCAGAUACUUGGCUUGAGACCCGUCCAUCUCCUAGGUCAGAGAAUUUCUUGAGUUGGACUGGAUCCAAUUCUCCUCAGGAUCAUAGACUUCUUGAAUCUUCCCAUAGUCCUGCCGGGGAACCCGAAGAACACCGUUCUAGCCAGGAUCUUGAUCUGUGUGACUCUGUCGAGGUGACCCCGCAGCCUCAAGGAUACAUCAGUCAUCUCUCAACCCAUGAGACUCACUACCUUCAAUAUCACAUGGAGCAAGGAUCCCGGCUGCUAGCAAACCUCGAGAGCGAUGAUAAUCCCCUGCGAUCAAUGUUGAUUCCUAGGGCGAUGUCGUCGCCUCUACUGAUGAAGGCUUUAUGCGCCAUCUCUGCCCUUCACUUAGCGAAUCGCUCCCAAGGGUUUGGAGCACAGACAGCUGCUAUGAAGUAUUAUACUGGAACACUCAACGGGCUCCGUGCAGCAUUGGACCAGUGUUCAAUGGAGGUACUCCCUGAUGAUGCUUUGCUAACAGUCGGUCUACUAUGCAAAUACGAGGUAGUGCGUGGCAGUGUUCAACAAUGGGUUGUUCAUCUUAACGCGCUGCAAUGCUUGAUCGUUUCCCGCGGAGGAUUUGCUUCAAUGGAUCGAGAUGCCGCCGAGUUCCUGCGUGGAUUAUUCGUCUAUGCCUACAACAUGGCCCGAAUCAUCAAGCGUAAUCGCAUUUCUGCGGAUAUCGUUGUCGACAGUGAUAUUGGUAUCCCCAAACUUGAUAUAUAUAUCGGGUAUACUGAGGAAAUCCUUAAGCUCUGUGUACGGAUCGCAGAACUGCCUUCCAUUCAAAGCGAUACAUUGGCUCUCCGACUCAGUGUUGCAUCCAUAAACGAGUCGCUCGUCACUUGGUCUCACACUUUCACUCCUCACAUAAUCCCACCAGGGACAUCGCCAACAACCCUAACCCGGCUGCGACUUGUAGCAGAAUGUUUCCGCGAUGCAGGAUUUAUCUAUCUUCACUCAAUCAUGGAACGCAUCAGCAGAAACUAUUCGGAUGCCUCUCUGUCUACCAACUCUGGUACCAUCGCCAAUUCCCAGACAGCAGAGUAUCCUUCUCUCUCAACGUCCGAUUGGCUUCCGCUGAUCUCCACGCCGAAGAGCACCGCCUUAUACCGCUGUCUUUCCCGCAUUGGAGCCUUUCCGCUGGGCGAGCAUUGCGAGUACUCGGCGCUCACGUUCCCGCUGUUUAUCGCGGGAUGUGAGACUGACAACGUGACACAUAGAGAAGUUGUACUUCAAUCUCUGGGCAAGCUACAAGAUAACUUUGGGAUUGGAAAUGUUCGACGGGCGAAGGAAUUGUUGAGGAUUUUGUGGGCGAGGCAGGACGCCAGUCUUGAAGCCAAGAUUCUUGGGGGAAAUCGUCGGGAAAAGGUACAUUGGUUGGACAUCAUCGAGGAGCUGGGUUGGGAAUUGAUCCUUGCAUAG